AUGUGGUCCACGCCGGUGCUCACUCUCUCCGCGUGCGUGCUGCUGGGCUGGGCGUUGCUGGCCGGCGGCACGGGCGGCGGCGACGGCGGCGGCGGGGGCCCCGGCCCGGGCGGCGGGCGCCGGGAGAGAGAGGCGCUGCUGCCGCAGAAGAUCGACGUGCUGGUGCUCCUGCCCCGGGACGACUCGUACUUGUUCUCACUGGCCCGGGUGCGGCCCGCCAUCGAGUACGCGCUGCGCAGCGUGGAGGGCAACGGCACCACCACCGGGAGGCGGCUUCUGCCGCCGGGCACUCGCUUCCAGGUGACCUACGAGGACUCGGACUGCGGCAACCGCGCGCUCUUCAGCCUGGUGGACCGCGUGGCGGCGGCGCGGGGCACCAAGCCGGACCUGAUCCUGGGGCCGGUGUGCGAGUACGCGGCGGCGCCGGUCGCCCGGCUGGCGUCUCACUGGGACUUGCCCAUGCUGUCUGCGGGGGCCCUGGCCGCCGGCUUCCAACACAAGGACGCGGAGUACUCGCACCUCACGCGCGUGGCGCCGGCCUACGCCAAGAUGGGCGAGAUGAUGCUCGCCCUGUUCCGCCACCACCACUGGAGCCGCGCGGCGCUGCUCUACAGCGACGACAAACUGGAGCGCAACUGCUACUUCACCCUCGAGGGGGUCCACGAGGUCUUCCAAGAGGAGGGCCUGCACACGUCUGCCUACAACUUCGACGAGACCAAAGACUUGGACCUGGACGACAUCGUGCGCUACAUCCAGGCCAGUGAACGAGUGGUGAUCAUGUGUGCCAGUGGUGACACCAUCCGGAGCAUCAUGUUGGCAGUGCACAGACAUGGCAUGACCAGUGGAGACUACGCCUUCUUCAACAUUGAACUCUUCAACAGUUCUUCCUAUGGAGAUGGCUCAUGGAAGAGAGGAGACAAACACGACUUUGAAGCUAAGCAAGCGUACUCAUCCCUCCAAACAGUCACCCUACUGAGGACCGUGAAACCUGAGUUUGAGAAGUUUUCCAUGGAGGUGAAAAGUUCUGUUGAGAAACAAGGACUCAAUGAGGAGGAUUACGUUAACAUGUUCGUUGAAGGGUUCCAUGACGCUAUCCUUCUCUACGUCCUGGCUUUACAUGAAGUACUCAGAGCUGGUUACAGCAAGAAAGAUGGAGGGAAAAUUAUCCAGCAGACUUGGAACCGGACAUUUGAAGGUAUUGCUGGGCAAGUGUCCAUUGAUGCCAAUGGAGACAGAUAUGGGGACUUUUCUGUGAUUGCCAUGACUGACACGGAAGCAGGGACCCAGGAGGUUAUUGGUGAUUAUUUUGGAAAAGAAGGUCGUUUUGAGAUGCGGCCGAAUGUGAAAUACCCGUGGGGCCCUUUGAAGCUGCGAAUAGACGAAAGCAGAGUCGUGGAGCAUACCAGCAGCAAUCCCUGCAAAUCAUCAGGUGGCCUAGAAGAAUCAGCAGUGACAGGGAUUGUUGUGGGAGCAUUACUAGGGGCUGGUUUGCUAAUGGCCUUCUACUUUUUCAGGAAGAAAUACAGAAUAACCAUUGAGCGGAGAAACCAACAAGAAGAAAGUAACAUUGGAAAACAUCGAGAGCUACGGGAAGAUUCCAUCAGAUCCCAUUUUUCAGUCGCCUAAAAGAUGCCUUCUUCUCCUUUCGUUUCCUGCUUGAGAUUCCUCAAGGAGAUAGAUGGAAUGAAAGACCUCCGGGGAACAGAAGGGGCAUUCUUGAAGAAUCCUUCCUGUUAAGCAGUUACCAUUGUAUUCCAAAAUUUCUUUAGAAGCUCAGGAACUAUUAUUAAUCACCAUCCCUCCUGGUCUUUCAUCUCAUCACAAGCAAACAUAGGCCAGAACAUCACGCUCUGUUACAUGUCCCUACUACUUGGAAGGUCAUAUGAUUAGAUUUAUAUUUUUAAAAAAAUCUGAUGUCUCCAUAUCUGGGUGCCUUGUGGGGACAUUGCACACAAGGAUAUGAACAUGUGUUUUCUGAAAUUGAAUGUUUUGUAGCUAGAAUAAAAGUCAUUUUUACAAGUAGAAUAUUCUUGGAAAGAACUUAGCAGCCAAUCGGAGGAAAAGGUAAUGAAAAGAUUCAAGGUUGGAAAUUGAACACCAUCCUCUGGACAGGUUUGUGGCUGAUGAGUGCUCUGGUUGACAGCGACAUUCAGAUCUGACUUUGUGUCUCAAGAAAGGAUCCUCAUGUCUUUUUCAGAGUCUCACAAAAGCUACUCUGCAAUGUAAAUAUUAGGAAUGGCAGGAGGAUUUAUAUAAGAAAAGUUUAAGGUAUUUCUCUUUUUAAUGUAAAAAAAAAUCAAAGGGCCCUAUUUCACGCUAACAUUUUAUUUUUAAGUAUUUUAACCUUAUAUUUUGGUAUUAAAAUGUGUCUAUUUUUUCAUUUCAAAGAUUAAAUUUCACUUAUAUUUUAAAAGCAUGGGUAACACGUACAACAAACCAGUGACAAUGGCAGACACUUCUCUGUGUUUUCCUCUUCACCUCAGCCUUAGCUAGCCACUCACUCAUUGCUGCUUUAGUUACAAUCAAGAAAUGUGUUGAGAUCACAAACUCUGAAGUUGAGUUUAAGCCAUUUUUUCAUUGUUUUAAAUGCGAAUUCUCUUCAGGCUAGGAGAUCCUUUCCUAAUUCUGGCCAAAUGAUAAAUUUCAAGACAGUGAAAAUAACUGAAAAGGCAUAGGUUUAUCAGAGGAAGCAGUCCCGUUUCCUCAAGAAGAACCCAAUGGUAAGAAUUUAAUAGUAAGGACAAAGGUUAAAGAAUUAAAAGGUGAUAGAUGAAACUGAAAAUCAUGGUGAUGAUCUUGGUUAAAGGAAGGAAUCUAACUAUUACUAUGGGGCUGGGAUAUAGCUCAGUGGCAAAGUAAUUGCCUAGCAAGUACAGUGUCCUGGGUUUAAUCACCAGUAUCAAAAAAGAAAAGACAAAAAGUGCAGUUAAAUACCUACUCUGUCCACUUUCAUUCGACCCGACUGAGCUUUAUGAGUCAUCUACCAACCACCCAUGUUAACUAUGGGUUUCGGCAAGGUUGGGUAAGCAUUUACUGGAUGUUUACUUUACACCAAGUGCUGUGCACAGAGAUUUAAACUCAGGUUGCCACCUUUACUUAUCAUCUGUGGGAAAAGCAGGCAGUGAGGGAAGGACAGGAAACCUGUCCAAUGCAUAUGCCAUUUUGUAAUUAUGCCACUAGGAUCUGUCUUCAAUAACAUUUUGAGCACUUGAAGCAAUUUUCAAAAUCAUCUUUGCACCUUUAAAAGGCAGGAAUACAGAGGAAAACUAGGGAGUUUGUAGUGUCCCCUGGGAAUGAUGGGGAUUGUAGUUCACACAGGUAAUUGUAGAAGGAAAUCACAGGAAUGCAGCACAGCAUAUUCUAGAACAGCAUAUUCUAUUCUAGACAUUGUCCCAUGCUUACUUGCAUGAAGGAGACUGCAAUCAUUACUCAAAGUGAAUGGAUUAUUUCUGUGUAAGGUGAGUUUCCUCUCUGUUGUUUAGAAAAUGGGAUGCUGGUCACAAUAAAGGAAGUAAUGAUAAGCAACAGAACUAAUGCUAGAUGCAAAGGAAAAGUACAGUACUGACUUCAUAAAAGGGUGCAUGAAGAAGGCAAGAAGGGUGAACUCUAGAAAUUUUAGUGCUGGAAUAGAGCUCAGGAAAUAAAAGUGAGGAAAGCAAAUGUUUUCUGAUUGGAGACUCUCUAAAAUAAAAACAGAAUGAGAAGGUUAUAUUAAACCUAAUCAGAGAGUUGAUUUCUCUCUUAUUUUUUUAAAUGCUGGUUUCUAUAUAUUUUAGAGGUAUUCUUUUUUCCCAUCUUGUAUUUGUGAAAUACAUUUGUAUUUCAAGUUUAAAAAAUGUGUUAUUUGUUUGAGAGGAGGGACAGAAAGUGCUCUACUAACAUUCUACCCGGUUCUGGUCUUUGGACCUAAACGUUCUAACCUAUAUAGAAUGUAUAUAAUGCCAACACUGUUAGAGCAAAUAGCUUUUGUUUCUAUGUCAUGUAGAAGAAUACUUCUAAAAUUUAACAAUUUUUAGAUAAGAUUGUAAGAAUAAGUAGGAAUUUAGUCUUUUAAAAGACAAGUCAUGAAAUUUCUGUAAUAUGGAUGUAAUACUCUUCCAUUUUAAAUAGAGUUCUUAAGAUUGAUGGCUAUUUACAUGUCUUUUGCUUGCCUUUCUAAUAGAGUAGGAUCUUCAUAUGAGUCACCAAAACUCUAAAGUUUUAAGAAUUUAUCGUUAGGAAACUUUUCCUAAAAGUGUGUUUGGCCCAAUGUAGCCAUGAAUUAAGACCUCUUAAGAUUGUAUUUGGGGAUUUAAAUUAAUAAUAUUCCAGAAGCUAUAUAUUAUGUAAUAAAAAAUAAGGAGCUACAUAUUGUAAUAAAAAUAAGUAGGGCUUUAGUUCUUAAAUAAUUCUAUGAAUUUUUAAUCCUGAAAUCCAAUGACACAUAUAGGUCAAAAAAUAUAUGCCUUUUGAAAUUGGAAAGAAGUACAGCUUUUAUAAUCUUUUUUAAAAUAAUCAUUCUUAUGUCUUGGAUUUUGGAAGGGGGAAGAAACUCAGAAAUUAAGAAACUUCUGUGGAGAGUUCCUAUCUCUUCCAGGACAACCACAGGCUUUGCAAGGAAGCUCCCAUAAACAUUACACUUCUCUAAAGAACCACCAACUUGUGUUUUCCAACAUAACUCCACAAGCCUAUGGUAGUUCCUUAUACUACCGAAGCCAUAUUUAAUAGAGGGAUUGGCAAACAUAUGGAAUUAAACAAAUGCCUUCUUUCUUCUCUCUUAAAUUCAAAGACUUGCUUGACAUGCCGUCAGAUCUCCCUAGACUUCUCAGAACAUUAAAUCUUUGCCCUUCAUUUACCACUUUUCUUUUGGUGGGGGAUGAUUUAUGGAGGAUUUAAGAUAUACAAUGGGUGAUGAAAACCAAAGCCAUUGUAAACCUCACAGACAGACAGCAAUGUGUUCAGAAGCAAGUUCUCUUGGUCCUACCAGCAAAAUAGAUGUAUGGCAGUCUCUUAGGAGACCAAAUAUAACAUCACGCUUACCAGUAUUAGGAAACUUAAUAACUAGAAGGAAUGAGUACCUUUGUUUCUUGGGACACAAGAAAUUCAGAUCCCAGAUGGAUGCAACUAUAGAGGCAAAUGCCAAUCAAACUUUGACUGCAUCUAGGUACUGUGGGUUUUGUUUAGUUAAACCCUGUGGUUCUUGUUUAGUUAAACCCUGUGGUUCGGGACUUCACAAGGUAAGGAGUUGAAUUUCUUGUCUAAAAACAGAGAAUGUGUCUUAGGAGCAUCAUGGAAACAGAGAGAAUGAGCUGAUGAAGUUCACAGGGGCCAGGUCUCUUUGUUAGUCUUUAAAACCGAAGACUCACCAAUAAUUGAGUCCUUUUGUCCAACAGCCAGCCCCGGUAAGAAGCGUUAGACAUUCUGAGCAACCAUGUCUAAAGCAUGAUCCUCCAAAAGAGAUGAAAGAAGGUUGCUUUACAGGCUACGACUGUCUUUACUGCCCUUUCAUCCUCCAGCCUUACCCAUCAUCCAUCAAAAAAAUGUGUCAGCAUCUUGCCAAAGCAAGUGGACACUUGUGAGUAGCCCUCCAUAUUUUCUCAGAGGAGAAAAAUGCAAGAUAGUAGAACCAGUUGUAGGAAAGUAGGUGCAUUUAAAACAGAGUCCUUACUUGUCCACACAAGCCCUAGGGAUAGGUCAACCCUGUGAUUUGCAUCUACUGCAAAGAUCACAGCUUUGGUGAUCAGCAUGCAGAUUCCACAAGUAUCUCCUGCAGGCCUAGUCCACAGUUAAGACUCCAGAAUUAAAAUAACUUUAAAAAGGUGCUGGGUUGGAGUUGGUUCAAAUUUCCCUAUUAACCACUACUUUUUAUUCAUACCAAAGGCAAGGAAUUCUAAAGCAACUGAGUUUCAAUGGGAGCUGAGCCUCAGCAGUAAAACCCAUAUGGUAUGAGCAUCCUUUGAUGUGUCAAGUACGGGAUGGUUCCUAGUGGAGAGAUCUGAACAAGUAGAAUUAAGAGAGAAACUGUUGCACUGCUUCGAUCUACGUUUAAAGACCUCUAUUUCGAUGCACAAGAAAUAAAGAACCCAUUUACUAAGUGCAAGUCAUAACAGAAGCUACCAAGUGACGUUUUGUUAUUUGCUGGGAGAACAAAGGUGUUAUAGCAUAGAAUUGGGGGGGGAGGGCAGAUAAAGCCAGAAAGGGCACAAUUUGGGCUUAGAAAUGGAGUGUCUCCUUUAUUAAUUAGUGCCACAAUAUGAAAAUGUUCUGUGUGGUAAAUUUCAAAAGACAGCAAUAAAAUACCCACUGGGUAGCACAGAGAUACCAUGAAUUUGUAGGCCUUUGGGGUGGAUCCCAGAAUCACAGUUUUGUUCCCUGUGCAUAAUUGAAAUAGACAAUGUGCAGGAUCAUUUCUGCAGCCCGUGUCUUCUGCACCAUGUUACUGAUUGUUAAUUUAAAUAUAGGACGAUCAAACAAUACAAACCUACCGCGAGUCUGGUAGAAGAGUAAAAGAUAUGUACAAUCUACAUACCGUUUAUUAAUCUAAUGUAAGUAGAACUAUCUGCAUAUAAUGUGAUUUAAUUUAUUGUUUUUGUGUAGAAAAUGAAAAUUAAUGACUGUGGAUAUAACCCCUGUUUUGUAUAAUAUAUUUUUAUUUCUGGUGCAAACUGGUCAUUUAAGGUAUCUACUCCAUUUGGUGUUUGGAUAUAAAUGUGUAUGAGUUCUUGUAAAUGUUGCUAUUAAUCAAGAAUGCCACAUAUUCUGAGUAUAACAAUGUGUUGUCAUUAAAAUACAUCCCACAGAA